CCACCCAGUCGGCAGGACACGGGAUAACGCAGAGUCCCCUCUCAGUUGCUUCCAUCACUCUGUCAAGGCCGGGAAAGAGGAAGAGCAGCCAGGACGGCCAAGCCCGGAGAAACUUUUGCCAGACUAGGGCGCCUGUGGAGGGACGGGAUUAUUCCGAGCUGAACAACCUAGUUUUGCUCUUCUUUUUUUAAAAGGAACAAGAAUCCAAAAAUGACCAUGAAAAUACAGCUUCUUGUUUUCCUCGUAGCUGGCGUGACUGUCUGCAUCUUUGCCAAGGAAGCAACUACACCGCGAGCGGAGGAGGAAUCGGCCGCAGACCCUACCGGAGCAAGCGAGGCCGCCGACUAUUCCGAAGUGCCCACUCUGGAACUGAUUACUACAGACAGCGUCUUGCCUUCCAGUGACGUCGGUGAGAACACAACUGAGCCAGAACCUCCAAAACCUCCUAAUGACGGCUUGGAAACGGCCACUCUGGUUGGCAUAGUCCUGGGCACCAUUGCGGCUAUUGGAGUGGCCACGGGGAUCAUCAUUGCCGUCGCCAAGAAAAUGUCGGGCAGGUACUCGCCCUAAAUCUCACUGAAGAGGGAGAAAAAUUGCAUUGGAAAGCCACUUUCUGAUUUCAGGGGAAAUUUCUUGUAUUAGCACUGGACUAUGAUCUGUGGGAAGAAUGACUGGAUGUUUGCUAGCUGAUUAGAGAUUCCACACUAUUUCCUCACGAGGCUUUGUAAACAAGCCUUUAAACAAUUUUGCAUAUUAAGUACAUGGCCAAGGAAUGGAAAAAGAAAACAGCUGUUUUUUUCAAAAAAAAAAAGAACAAGCCAGCUGUUUACCUUUUUGAUCCUGUUUACAGGCAAUAAAAGUAAAGGACCCAAGCAACAUAUGACAGGAUUCCUAGAGCAAGAUGGGCACCCGCCCUUCACGCUCUCUUGGGUUCUUUCUGUUUUGAGUUGUUUUUCAACCCACGGCGGUUUGGGCGAGAGAUCGGAGUGCACCUCAUCCGCAGCUGAGAUGCCCUUCCGUAUCUUGAAGUAAAUGAAGCUACCGACACGACCAUCUGGACAUCCCGCCCUUCGCAAGACAUAAAAUUCCAGGUCGAGCCUUUGAAUCGGUCUCGGAGCCUUCUUGCCCAAAGAGACCACUUUCCUGUCCGCUUGCGAGGGAGAAGGGUAGCUCCGUUCUCCCUCGGGAACUGCAGAUGUUGUGGCUGCCGUAAGCAAUAAUCGCACGUUUUGUUUACUCAGCUUUGGGCAGCUGUUCACGCCCAAGUAACUUAGGGAUCUCUUCACUGCCUCCUUUCUGGUUGGGGAUUAGAUCACUUCAGAAAAUGCAUUAAGAUUUCCACCCAUUGAUGUGAGAUUCCCUCCAGCUUUUAAGGAAAGUGGUGGAUGGAUGCAGAGAAGUUGUAGGAUGCCUAAAACGCAGCCACUCCUUUUGGGCAUAAGUUCCCUUUUUCUCCUGCCCCAUCGGGCACACGAAGAGCUUCGUUUCCCCCUUUCCCCAUCACAUUAAUGACAGUUGGGCAGGGGUAUUUGGGAGGGCUUGGUGGGACACAGGAGGGCAAAAAGCAGUCAGAUCUCUCCUUCCACUCUGCAACCAUCAACCCUGCCCCCUGCACUUCUUGCUUUUCCUGUUUAAAAAUGGGGGUGAUUCUGAAGACACAUUUAGUGCUAAGUGUAAUUUGGUCCUCCCACUUUGUAGAAACGCUCUGAGCGGAUGCUACCACAGAUGUGGCCAUCACUGUAAAACAAGGAGAUUGCUGUUGCACAUCCAUGAAAAUUUAAUGAACAAAUCAGUGGAUGGCAAUUGGCAGAAUCAGUCCAGUCAAAUGUGUUCAGCCAGACUGCAACCCACUAUGAUGUAUUGUACACUUGAAAAAAGUAUAGAUAGCAGCCUUUAAGUAUGCAUGUGCUCUCUCCUUUGCACAUGUGCGCUAGACAGGGGAUGCAGCUCCUUCCUGCUUCAAGAUUUAAUUUCCAGAAAUCCUGGGGAUGUAAUUGAGCCCCAAAUUCAAGGUGAAUUUUUUUUAAGGAGUAUCUUCAGUAAUACUUUGUGACAGCAGAUUGCAAGCAACGUUGAACAAGAAAAUGAGAGCUACUGUGUGCAAUCUGGCCCCCUUAAGACCUAUUUUUGGUCCCUAUAGCUAAUGAAACGGCCAUUUAGCAAGGCUGGGAAAUAUAACACAGUGCCAACAACCUAUAUUUCAGUGUAUCUGAAUGGCAUCCAAUAUUACUUACUACCCCAGGGGCAUGGGGCAUGCCUUGUUUCCCCUCCCACCUAAAGCAAAACCAGUCAACUGCAUGGAGUAUGUGCUGAAGAUCUGUUGCAGAUCCUUUUAUAAUAUCAGAGCCCCUGUAAAAAACCUCAACGUUUGGUGUCAUUUGUUACUGAAACAGCAAAACUUUGGAGAUAAAGCCUGUCUUCUGUGAUAAAAUUUGAAAA